AUUCAAGGCAAAGAAUAAUGUCAAGUCGGUGGUUUCUGUUGUGUUAACAAGUUAUAAUGUUUUUUAAUUUUGUUCCUUUACAUUUAAAAAUAUCUUUAAUCAAAACGUGUGGAUAAAAUAUAUUUAACAAAUACCAAUCAUCCGUACUCAACAAUUUGACGUACAAAUCAGAAGAAUACAUUAAAAAUGUAACAGUGUCUAUAACGGUAUCAGUAAAUCUUGAACCCAGAUCUGGUAUUUCCUAAAGGAUGAGAUAAAUUAAACCGGUUUCUCACAUCUGCACGACAUAAAUUAAUGCUAAAUAUAAUUUGAAUAUUUAGAUAGCAUUAAAUAAGGCGUGAUAAGAUAGAAUUUUUCGAAAAAUGGAUAAUCAAAGACCUGAGGUUACUUUUUUAUUCCAAUUUGGACUUAUCAGGGAUGCUGUUACAGUUCCGCAGGCCUCUUUGAAUCUCAAAACUAUCAAGAAUCUCGCAGUUAGCUUUCUUAACUCUAAGAUCCCAGAUCAUGGAAUUAAUAAAUUAGAAGAUCGUAUUUUAUUAUUUAGACAUGCCUAUAACUCAAAUAAUAUCUUACAAUUGAUUAAUUCUGCUUCAGAAAUCUUAGAUGAAACCUUAGUAGAGAUAGUUUUAACUGGAAAAGCGCUUACUACAAGCUCUUCAGUACCAGAUAUAACUAUUGUUAGACCUCAUGCUUUGUCUGUACAUUCAUACAAAACUCCAACAUUCUGUGAUUUUUGUGGAGAGAUGCUCUUUGGUUUAGUUAGACAGGGACUCAAAUGUGAAGGUUGUGGCCAAAAUUAUCAUAAGAGAUGUGUUGUUAAAGUUCCAAACAAUUGCUCUUACACUCUUUUGGAUGAUACUGAAAAACGUCGUCGAUCGACAUCGGCGAAUCUCCAGGUUCCUAGGAGUCCUUCUGGAGGUUCAAAUACUUCACUAGCAUCAGCAAGCUCCACUCAAACAGAGGAUAGUGGAUUGUUCCAGAGUAAUAAUAGGUCGCCAUCGUUAGGCGGUAGACCAGUUUGGAUAGAAAAAGAGAUGUCCGCGAGAUUAAAAAUCCCCCAUACUUUCGUCCUCCAUACUUAUACGCGACCGACUGUGUGCCAAUAUUGUAAAAAGUUACUCAAAGGUUUGUUCAAACAAGGUUUACAAUGCAAAGAUUGUAAUUAUAACGCACACAAAAAGUGUCUUCAGAAAGUACCCAAAGAUUGUACUGGUGAGCUACCUAGAGAUAUAUCAGGAGGUUUAGAAAACGCCAGUAAUUGCGCUAGUUUAGAUAAACAUUUAAAUUCCGCCUUAGAAGAAGAAACGGAUACUGCUAAAGAAUCUUCUAAUACCGAUAAUGAUAGUAAUAAAUAUAUUGAAGUUAUACCAGUCCAUGAUGACGACGACAACGAUUUAACGCCAUCCAGUUCUUCUUCUUCUCCAAGUGCCAACAUUCCUUUGCAACGAAUAGUUCAAUCUGUCAAACAUACAAAACGAAGAGGCUCUAAAGUUAUAAAAGAGGGCUGGUUAGUCCACUUUACAAACAAAGAUAAAACGAUAAGGCGACAUUUUUGGAGACUCGAUACAAAAUCCAUAGUUUUAUUCCAAAGCGAACAAAGUUCCAAGUAUUAUAAAGAAAUACCUUUAUCUGAAAUAUUAACUAUAGAUACAGCUAGGAUCAAACAAGGAGACUGUAUGCAUUGCUUUGAAAUAAGAACAACCAAUAUCGACUAUUUCGUCGGACAAGAUCCUCUUUGUAACCUACAAGAAGGUAAUAUGGUAAAUUUACCACCACCCGAUAGUGGUGUCGGGGCAUAUCUUGCCAAAAGUUGGGAAAGCUCCAUUCGUCAAGCGGUAGUACCCGUACAAGCAAACCAACAACAUGAAGAAACUGGCGCCAGUGAAGAACAAAUAACUGAUAUGAGUCAGUUAUAUCAGAUUUAUCCGGACGAAGUACUCGGUUCCGGUCAAUUUGGUAUAGUUUACGGAGGUGCACACCGAAAAACAACCAGACCCGUUGCUAUCAAAGUAAUCGACAAACUAAGAUUCCCAACCAAACAAGAGGCUCAACUAAAGAACGAAGUGGCUAUAUUACAAAAUUUGUCACAUCCAGGCGUCGUUAAUCUCGAAAGGAUGUUCGAAACGCCGGAAAGGAUUUUUGUUGUUAUGGAAAAACUGAAAGGUGAUAUGCUGGAGAUGAUUUUAUCACACGAUAAAGGAAGAUUAACGGAAAGGGUUACUAAAUUCAUUAUUACACAAAUACUUGUAGCUUUAAAGCACUUACAUAGUAAAAAUAUCGUGCACUGUGAUUUAAAACCGGAAAAUGUACUUUUGAGUUCCGAUGCCGAGUUUCCUCAAGUGAAACUUUGCGAUUUCGGAUUCGCUAGAAUCAUAGGAGAAAAAUCGUUCCGUAGAUCUGUAGUUGGCACUCCUGCUUAUCUAGCACCUGAGGUACUUCGUAAUAAAGGUUAUAAUAGAUCUUUGGAUAUGUGGAGUGUGGGGGUUAUAAUUUACGUCAGUUUGAGUGGUACGUUUCCCUUUAACGAAGACGAAGAUAUAAACGAACAAAUUCAAAAUGCUGCUUUCAUGUAUCCGCCCAAUCCUUGGAAGGAAAUAUCUUCAGAUGCUAUUAAUUUGAUAAAUAAUUUACUGCAGGUGAAACAGAGGAAGAGAUAUACUGUCGAUAAGUCACUGGUUCAUAUCUGGUUGCAGGACUACCAAACGUGGUGCGAUCUGCGAACCUUAGAGAAUCAGGUGGGCGUGAGGUAUUUAACGCACGAAUCGGAUGACCAACGUUGGGAACAAUAUAGAGCCGAAGUAUGACCCGAAAAAGGAUGGUUGCAUUCGAUUAAAAAGUGCCUUCGGAGUAUGCGCACUUAAAUAUAAAAAAAAGAGAAAUCUGAUCGCUCGUCAUAUGUUAUAUUAGUUCAUAUAAAAUUUGGUUUGACCUAGAGAAAAUGUUUUUGGCUUUUAAAAACUCACUUGCAGUUCUUGAAAUUUUUUCUAUUAACGCCUCUACCACAUACAAGGUUAUAAUUAGCUGGCUCAAAUUCUAAUAUGAAAUAAUCAUCAAUUUUAAUGAUUUUAGGUCUGGUCUCUUUUAUAGAAAUUAUUUUUGACUCACCUUCGAUGUUAAUCGAUAUAUUACCUGGCAUUCACAACACUGAUUCAUACCAUAGCAAAAAAAGAUUUCCUUUUUUUAUGUAGAUCAAAAAACAAAA